GGCACCCUUCUGCGAGCGCUGUUUGUUUAGGGCUCGGUGAGUCCAAUCAGGAGCGCAGGCUGCAGUUUUCCGGCGGAGCAGUAAGAGGCGCCUCCUCUCUCCUUUUUAUUCACCAGCAGCAACAAGCAGACCCCGGACUCUCGCUCUCCCGCCGGCGCCCUCCGCCUCUCUCCGCGCCCCGGAGCACCCUCGGCCGCGGCCGUUCUUCACGCACGUCGCUCGCCCGAGGAACCAAAAGUCAGGUUGGAGUAGCGCCGGACAGUGGAUGGCCUUGACUGACAGCGGCUGGUGCCUGCCGAAGCGUUUCGGGGCUGCUGCUGCGGACGCCGGCGACUCGGGGCCCUUUCCAGCGCGGGAGCCCUCCUCGCCGCUUUCCCCCAUCUCGUCCUCGUCCUCCUCCUGCUCCCGGGGCGGGGAUCGCGGUCCCUGCGGUUCCAGCAACUGCAGGACGCCGCAGCUCGACACUGAGGCGGUGGCGGGACCUCCCGGCCGCUCGCUCUUGCUCAGCCCCUACGCCUCGCAUCCCUUCGCCGCUGCCCACGGAGCCGCGGCGCCCGGGGUCGCUGGCCCCGGGAGCGCCCUGUCGACUUGGGAGGACUUGUUGCUCUUCACUGACCUCGAUCAGGCGGCGACCGCCAGCAAGCUGCUGUGGUCCAGCCGGGGCGCCAAGCUGAGCCCCUUCGCGGCCGAGCAGCCGGAGGAAAUGUACCAGACGCUCGCCGCCCUGUCCAGCCAGGGGCCCGCCGCUUACGACGGCGCGCCCGGCGGCUUCGUGCACUCCGCAGCGGCGGCGGCUGCGGCGGCCGCGGCGGCCAGCUCCCCGGUCUACGUGCCCACCACGCGCGUGGGCUCUAUGCUGCCCGGCUUGCCCUACCUGCAGGGGGCGGGCAGCGGGCCCAGUAAUCACGCGGGAGGCGCGGGCGCCCACCCGGGCUGGCCCCAGGCCUCCGCCGACAGCCCCCCGUAUGGCGGAGGUGGCGCAGCCGGCGGCAGCGCGGCCGGACCCGGAGGUGCAGGAUCGGCCACGGCCCACGCCUCUGCACGCUUCCCCUACUCGCCCAGCCCGCCCAUGGCCAACGGGGCCGCGCGAGACCCCGGGGGCUACGUGACUCCGGGCGGCGCGGGAGCGGGCAGCGUGAGUGGCGGUGGCGGCAGCCUGGCGGCCAUGGGUGGCCGGGAGCACCAGUACAGCUCGCUGUCCGCAGCGCGGCCGCUGAACGGGACGUACCACCACCACCAUCAUCAUCACCCGACCUAUUCGCCCUACAUGGGCGCACCGCUGACUCCCGCCUGGCCAGCCGGGCCCUUCGAAACGCCAGUGCUCCACAGCUUACAAAGCCGCGCGGGAGCUCCGCUCCCGGUGCCACGAGGCCCCAGCGCAGAUCUGUUGGAGGACCUGUCGGAGAGCCGCGAGUGCGUGAACUGCGGCUCCAUCCAGACGCCACUGUGGAGACGGGACGGCACCGGUCAUUACCUGUGCAACGCAUGCGGUCUCUACAGCAAGAUGAAUGGCCUCAGCAGGCCCCUCAUCAAGCCACAGAAGCGCGUGCCUUCAUCACGGCGGCUUGGACUGUCCUGUGCCAACUGUCACACCACAACCACUACCUUAUGGCGUAGAAACGCUGAGGGUGAACCCGUGUGCAAUGCUUGCGGGCUCUAUAUGAAACUCCAUGGGGUGCCUCGACCACUUGCUAUGAAAAAAGAAGGAAUUCAAACCAGGAAACGAAAACCUAAAAAUAUAAAUAAGUCAAAAGCUUGCUCCGGUAACAGCAGUGGCUCUGUCCCCAUGACUCCAACUUCCUCUUCUUCUAAUUCAGAUGACUGCACCAAAAACACUUCUCCUUCCACACAAGCGACCACCUCAGGGGUGGGUGCAUCAGUGAUGUCUGCAGUGGGCGAAAGCACCAACCCUGAAAACAGUGACCUCAAGUAUUCAGGUCAAGAUGGCCUCUACAUAGGCGUCAGUCUGUCCUCCCCUGCCGAAGUCACAUCCUCAGUGCGACAGGAUUCUUGGUGUGCUCUGGCCCUGGCCUGA